GAUGUUGAAACUGAUGUUUUUUUACCACGCCCAGACUGUGACUACGUAGCGACACUUUGAAAGUUAAGUCAACAUUCUGCCUACAUUUAUGUCACAGAAAAUAGAAAAUCUUCAUUUCGUUUAAAUCGAAGGUACCUUAACACAGUAUGAAGCUGGUAGUUCUUUUCCUCGCCUGCCUCGUUGGAGUCUCCAAGGCUGUGGUUGAUAUCGAAGCAAGCGACCUAACUGUAUCAUGCGGCACAGAAGACAGUGUAUUGGGAUUUGGUCCAAUUAUCAUCAACGUAAUGUACACCCCCGAGAGCUGGGAUUCCACAACGGGCUCUAACGCCACCGUAUAUCCACAAGGAUACGAACAUGUAGUUGAUCUUGGUGUUGAUUGCAUAGAGACGAUAGAUGUCUCUGCGAGCCCAUGGAACUACACCUUAGAGAUAAAGCAAGCGCCGCUAGCAGUGGGAGAUGAAGGUGCAUGUGGGCAGGAGAGAUUGGAUGCACAGACCAUCCAAGUUGAGCUCGUGGUUCGAGAGGGAGACAUUGCAAACUCUGAUGAUAUGUACUUUAACAUCCAAUGCGUGUACAAGGCAACAGAUCUGGUCGGAUUGGGGAAAAUCAUCGAAGGUGGAGUUCCAAGUAACCCAGACGAUGUCGUCGCUACUGCAACACCCAACGCCCUUGACCGCAAAUACGAGCUCCAACUUAUGUACGGAGAUGGGGACUCGGAAAACACAGUGACAAGAGGCGAGGUUCUUAUCGGCACGGAGGUCUACCUCAGAGCACUCAUGUACGGCGAGGACCUCGGAACUGUUCCACCUGCCAUAGCUGGGGACGAAAACAGCAUCAGAAUCAUAUCCUGCACAGCCUGCAACGAUCUAAAUGCGAACUGUUUUAGUCUUUUCGCAGACUAUUGUCCAGUUUUGGGUAUUGGUGCCCAAUUCCAAAGUGACAGUGGAUUUGUCACCGUUGCAUCCGGAACAUUGAGCAGGAGCCCUGACUUUAAAAUGUUUACAAUUGGAGGCGGACAAAGUGCAAAAGUUAAAUUCACAUGCGAAAUUGAAGUAUGCAGAAUAGCCGACCAGUGUGAUGGGCAAAAUUGUGAAACAGCAAGCCGAAAAAAGAGAGCACUCGCAAAACGUCAAGCUACCGAUGCACUAGCCGGAACUACUUACGUCACAUUCGAAGUUGACGUAGUUGCGGAGGAAUCCGAUAAUGCUGGCAAUGCAGGGGCAAACUCUGGAACAAAUACAAACACAAUCAGUGGCGACAGCAACUUGAUGUACAUUAUACUUGGAAUUGUGGGAGGUUUAGUCCUCCUCUGUCUCAUUGCUGGGCUAAUAGUUUUCAUGCGCAUGCGCAACAACAAAGAUGACAACGAGAAGACGAUCAUUCAACACCAUCACAACUCGCAUUACGCAAAUGGCGGAUACAAGGCAUAAGGCGUUGUAUAUAUAUUACCUAAAUGCAAAAAUACUCAUUUAUAUUCACUAAAAACACUUUGAAUCCAACAGAUCAAGACUAAAUGACUAUUGCUUUAUGCGAAGGUCAGAUAAUCAGUUUGAAUAUAUUCAUUUGGAAUGACUAUAACAAAUCAAGAAAUACAAAACAAAUCGGUUAAAUGAAAAACUGGCUCAAAUGAUAACCCCACCUCUUAUCUAAAAUGGCCAGCCAAAUCAUUGUCAAACUCGUUAAUGCCAAAGCAUUUGGGAAUAUUUGAUGUAAACAAAUGCCACAUUGAAUAAUUAUCUAUUUACUUAUGUAUUUUACUGUUUUUGAAAAUAUUUACAUACAAACCUAUUUUGUUGAUCAAAUUGUGAGCAGACUCAAAUUUGACAAAGGUUGGGAUAUGAAAAUAAUAUGCAAAAUGUAUUAUCUGAUCCUUCGAAUUCUGUUACUUUAACGUAUUUCUUCAAACUCAUAUGACUCAGGUCAUUGGGGUAUUUAGAAAAGGAACUGUGAUAUCUUUAUCUGUUAUCUUUUAUCUUUAUACGAUGACCCAAACGAAUAACGAAAAGGGUUUCUUAGAUAUUGCAAUGCAUGAAGUUCAUGUGGUCCUCGUUAACUAUUUAUAUUGUUUGGGAGAGCAUGAGAGGGACAUAGGGUAUUGAUGCACUGCUAUAUAUAAAGAAAAUACUCCCCUUUAGUUUUGCAACAUUUUAGAGGGGAGUGUAUUGACCCAUGAAUGACACGGACUUAUGAAAAUGGACACUUAGUCGCUAGCUGCUAAUGUCGUUGCAAUAUCACUUUCGGCUCGACAUUUCUUCUGAAUAGUAUUACAGAGGUGAAAUAUUUAUAUAUUUUUUCAGAUAGAACAAAAAAAUAAGUGUGUAUGUAUGUUUGUGUAUGAAUGUUGUUGAAAAUGCAUUUCUGUCCAAAAUCCAUGACAAUCACUUUGUAGAAAUUGUUGUUCAAGACUCAAAUAUUGUACAGUUGAAUAUUGUGUUACUUAAUAAAAUUCUUUGCUUUGCCUAUAGAUAUGCACAUUUA